AUGGGCGAGACCAACAACAUGGGCGUCCCGCAGGCUAUCACAGCCGAAACGAAGGCCGGCUCUACUGUCGAUCAUGUGGACAGUCAAGGUGCUGCUGUCGUCCUGUCUUCAGAAGUCAAUUCGACACGAGUAUGGAAUCCUUUGUUGAUCAUGUCAUGUGUGAGCUUCGGAGCCGCAUCCAUGCUGUUUGGCUAUGACGACAAGGUCGUCUCGCCGGUCGCAGCAAUGGAGACAUUUGUCGAGAAGUUCCAAGGACACCCCAAUUCCGCUGGAGCCCUGGCGCUUACCGCACGCAAUCAGAAUCUGGUCUUCUGCGUUCCUCUUGUUGGCGCCAUCGUGGGAGCAGCGGCGGCAGCGCCGUUGACGACACGGUACGGACGCAAGCUAGUGGUGAUAGGCGCAUACGUUCUGUCUCUCGGGGGCACCUUCCUGCAGGCGUUCGCCCCGACAAUGGCUGCAUUUGUGAUCGGACGCUUCUGGAACGGCAUCAUGAUUGCCCUCGGUUCGACUGUAUCCUAUCUGUACCUAUCGGAGAUCGUCCCAGCAAGAUACAGAGGGAUGGCGGUGACAUCCUCGAAUAUAUUCAACUUAGUUUCGGGUGUCAUCUCGACCGUCAUCUGCAACGCGACCCAUCAGCAGAACGGCGCAUCGUCCUACAGAAUUCCACUGGCUCUUCAGGCUGUAGCUCCUGCCAUUUUGAUCCCGAUUACUUUUUGCAUGCCUGAGUCUCCGUUGUGGCUGCUCACUCGAGGUCGGGAGACAGAGGCGCGACACAGCCUGCGAAGCGUCCGCGCAUACGAUGACACGCUGGUCGAUGACGAAUUGAGAGUGAUGAAGGCCGCCUACGACGCUGAACAAGCACUGAGUUCGGGUGUGAAGUUCUGGGAUCUCUUCAAGCGUGGCAAUAUUCAGCGUACUUUGGUCGCCGGGUCGAUGUACUCGGUCAACCAGUGCUCUGGUAUCAUCCUGAGCAGUACUUAUGCGACGAUCUUCCUCACCGCACUGGGGGUUGGGAACCCUUUCCAGUUAACCAUUGCAGCAUCAUGUUGCGUCCUUGCAGGGACCCUUGUCGCUCCGCUACUGGUCGAUCGUGUUGGGCGUCGCCCUCUCGCAAUCGUGGGAAUGUCUGUACUUCUGGUCAUAGACAUCACAGCGGGUACAUUGGCCUUCUACACGGACAAACCACAUGUGCCGAUCGCCAUCGCAGCACUGUCGUUCAUCUUCAAUGGCUUUUGGGCAGCCUCUUUCUAUGCACUCUCGGUCACAUUGCCGACAGAGAUUCCGAGGCCAGAGCUUCGGAACAUGACCACAUCUUAUACGCUCGCCUGCGCGUACACUACCGCGGUCAUCACGACAUUCGCUGUGCCUCAACUCGUCUCGGCAGAUGCAGCAAAUCUCGGCGCAAAGACGUACUUGGUCUUCGGAGGCAUCGUCGCUUUCAUACUCGCCUUCUACUACAUGCUUCUCCCGGAAACUGCUGGAAGGACUUUUGCCGAGAUCAACGAGCUGUACGAACGAGGCAUUCCACCGCGCAGCUGGAAAGGUACACAGACGUCGACAGAGAAUCAGCAGGCGAAAGUCGUCGAGAAGGGAGCGUUAAGUCAUGCUUGA